AUGGCUCCCAGACCCAUCUUUACUCUUACACACCCGCGAGCAUGCUCGACGGCUUUUGAACGGGUUUUUAUGACCCGUCGCGACAUCCUCGAGUGCUCUCACGAGCCCUUUGCCGAUGCCUUUUACCUGGGGCCGGAGCUCAUGAGCGAUCGCUUCAAGGAUGAUGCUGCCGACCGCGGAUCCUUGGGCAUGUCCUGUUCCGACACCUACCAGACCGUGUUGGACCGCUUUGCCGAGAUGCAAUCACAGAGAGGACGUGAGAUGCUCUUGGCCGAGCGUUGCGACCCAAUUGACCACGAACAAGCACUCACCUCUUUCCAGGGAAAGCGCCUCUUCAUCAAGGACAUGGCCUACUACAUCAUGCAGCCCGACGGCAAGCCCACCGACAUUGCCCCCUCGGUGGGCGGCCGCGCAGAGCCCGCCAACCCGACCGUGCUGCCGCUCGCCGUGCUGGGCAAAUUCCACUUCACCUUUCUCAUCCGCCACCCGCGCCGCUCAAUCCCCUCGUACUGGCGCUGCUGCCUGCCGCCGCUGAGCGACCGCAACGGCUUCCCCUACUUUUUGCCUAGCGAGGCCGGCUACGAGGAGCUCGUCCGCCUCUUUGACUACCUGCUCGAGAGCGGCGUCACCGACAAGGAGCACCUCACCGUCCUCGACGCCGACGACCUCCUCGACAACCCCGAGGACACGAUUCGCCUGUUUUGCGAGCGCACCGGCAUCGACUACUCGCCGGCCAUGCUCGAGUGGUCCGCCGAGGACGGCCAGAUUGCCACGGAAAAGUUUGCCAAAUUUGAUGGAUUCCACGACGACUGCCUCCGUACCACGCGACUCGAGGGCAGAUCCCAUGCACAGAAAAUCUCAACAGUCGAGUCUGAAGACGCUGAGUGGACCAAGAAAUAUGGCCCCGAGGCGCAAAAGAUUAUCCGCCAAACUGUCAAUGACAAUAUCCCUUAUUACGAGUAUCUGAAGCAGUUCACUAUCAAGGCAUAG